GUCCUUGACUUUGUAUUGGUAACGGAACGGGUUCCGGAGUUGAAAUAGAAAUCGUAAAGCGAAAUCCCACCCACACGAUGGGUCUGAGCAGCGUCUCUCAAUCUCAAUCUCACGGUCUAACGCCCUUACUUUAUAAACCUUUUUCGGUCCGUCCCAUAAUGUCCGCCUCCUAACAACACCCUCCCCCACAACCUCCGACGUCGCUCCCAGGAUCCCACCGGCAACAUGGUCCAAGACCCAAAACAAUCUCCUCCUGACCCGCCGGCUCAGCAGGUUUCCCCUCAACCCGAUCCUCCUCAACCGUCGCCAACAUCACCACCACCACCGUUCGAUCCUAGUCGAAUGAUUGGCAUUAUUAAACGGAAGGCUUUAAUAAAAGAGUUAGCUGCAGCAUACCAUGCGGAGUGCCUUGUAUAUUGUCAAGAGCUUUUGGAACUUCAAAGAAAAUGGGAAGAGCCAUUUAUUGACUUAAAGCCUCCAGAGGAUUCAAGGAAAGAACCAAUGCGGCCCCCCAAACGUCUAAAGAAAUCCCGCUAGACUAUCAAUACCAGUGUAAGAUUUGUACUUGAUCUCGCCUCAACUGCACCAUUGAGGCAACCACAUGUAUUUGUUUUUGAAGUUUCUGUUAGAUGCUUUAGAUGCAACGACUGUUUCAUGGAUUCCCUGCAUCUACGUAUUAGCUCUUUUUUUACCAGUUCAUACUAAAUGAAGUGGGCAGAGAGAGAGAGAGAGACACAGAGAGAGAGGGAGAGAGUGUUCACAAAUGUAACACCUGUUGUUCGGUAAGAAAUGUGUGCCAUUACUGGUGCACUGUAUUGUACAUAUCAUACAUGGUGCUUUCGUCAAAAACGCAGCCGUUUGCUUUGAUAUAAUCACAAAUGUAACCCCCAAUAUGAUUCAUCGACUGUGUGCUAUUUGGAUGCCAGAGUGCCUCGUGGCUCUUUUUUGUUUUUGCUUUUUCGUGUGUUUCCUGCAUAGUUAUGGAUUUGAUUUCUUUCUGUCUA